ACAUGGUUAAAAGGCUAAUAGCGUUACAGCCAGCGAUUCUGAGAUUACCAUCAUUUUUCAGGAUGCUAUUUAUCCUCCUAUGAAGCCAUGUUUAAUGAGGGCGUGUUGGAAUACAAAACCUUUCGGAAGCUCUCUAAGACUAGCUAGUGCAUGUCACUGUAGCACAAAUCAAAUGCACCUUUAAUGUAAAGCCUAGCUGAAUUGUUACCUCUUCAUUAAUUCAGAUGGUGGAUUUUACUUUACCGUCAUCCACCGAGUGAUGUGUUUUCAAGGUAAAUGGAGCGUAGCCUGGUUUUUACUGUGUGUGUCUCUGUGCUACAGUAUCCUUGACCCCGAUUCGUAACAGGAAUGGGUAUCAGCUGUACAAAGUGAAUAAAGAGUAGGGAGAAGGCCUGUGUGCAUGUAUAUGGAGAGAUGUUUGCACAUAUUUAUAACCAGGCUUUUGUGUUUGCAGUCAUUCAUUCAGCUACUGAGAGUACUUUACCUGUGGUAGUGCAACAUCAGCAGUCUGAGCCACCAACCCCCAAACCUACGCACGUACUCACAUACACACACCGAGGCACUGAUGAUGGAGGCAGAACAACCAUUUCUCCUUUCCUCUCAUGGUGCCUAGUUAUAUUCAAUUCCCCUCUGCAUUCCUCACACCGGUGCAAUUGGAGCUCAUACACAUCCACACUGAUGCACAUACACACACGUAGUCUCUCUCUCUCUCUCUCUUUCACACACACAGUCAUUAUUCUGACGGUCUGCUGGUGAGGAGGCAGGGUUCUGGUUUCAUUCAGGCUUCAGGCAACUGCUAGAGUCUCUCCUUUGCGUGCAGUGGCUACUGGGCGCUUGACAGCAAAGAUAUCAUCUCGGAGAAUCAACAUGAAGAUGUGGAGAUAACAUUUUCGACUCUGGAUAAACUGCUUCGCUGCUGGAGUGGAUUUGGCUGUGGGAAUGCAAACGUAGACUUAUGAAAUAUACUAAAAGAGUUUGUGAGGAGAUAAGAGUGCGCUGAUCCUUUCCAGACACAGAAAACUGGACUGAGCUCUCUCAGAUAAUGGCUACAACAGAAACCAAAGUUAGCGGCAGCAGCACUGUGGGCCUGUCGUGGGCACGCGUCUGUAAGGAGUGCGGCCAGCAGCACGACAGCCAGGACUCCCACUUGUACGAGUACCAGGAUGAGGUGGACGAUGAACUGGUUUGCCACAUUUGUCUGCAGCCUUUACUGAAGCCAAUGGACACACCGUGCGGCCACACUUACUGCUUUCAUUGUUUGAGCAGCUUUUUGAAGGAGCAGGACUUCUGCCCUGUGGACCGCCAGCGGCUGCAGUUACAUCAGUGCCGUCCCUCCAGCCUGCUGGUCAGGAACCUGCUGGACAAGUUGACCGUUAUGUGCCCACACUGUGCGGAGUGCCAGCAGACGAUGCAGCGCUGUGAAUUGCAGCCUCACCUGCACAACAGAUGUCCUGUUUUUAGAAGACUCAGAGAGGAAGCAGAGAAGAGGAAGAGGCCCUCAUGGAAUGAAUUAAAGGGACGUAAGGGUGACGGAGAAGGGUCUGGAGAUGCGAAACACUCAGCAACACUGUCUCGAAAUUCAACCCGGGAUCAGCCCGAGCCUGGGCUCAUUAAUCCUGCCUAUGAGGAAGGUGAGGAAGACAACAACUCCCUGCGGUCCAGUUUGGUGGCCGAGGCCACUGUCGUGGAGCUGAUCAGAGAUGAACCCGGAGAGGAGCUGGGCCUUCGGAUCGUGGGGGGGAAAGACACACCGCUGGGAAAUAUAGUCAUACAAGAAAUUGUGCGGGACUCAAUAGCAGCUAGGGAUGGCAGGCUGGCACCAGGAGACCAUAUUUUAGAGGUGAAUGACAUCAGCUUGGCUUCAGUUCCCCACACUCGGGCCAUCGCAGUGCUGCAGCUGCCCUCCCUCCUCAGGCUCACCGUCAUGCAGGAGAAAGGUUUCAAAUUAAGGGAUCAACGCUCAGACCAAAACCAACCCACUUCCACCGGCUCCCCGGGCUCUCACAGUCCCCAUAGCAACGCUACCUCCAGUAACAACCCUGGUACAGUCCUGCAGGUGACGCUAGUGAAGAGCCAGCGCACAGAGCCGCUCGGCAUUAAACUCAUCCGCAAAUCAGAUGAGAGUGGGGUUUUUAUCUUGGACCUGCUGGCUGGUGGUUUGGCAGCUAAGGAUGGAAAACUGAGGAACAGUGACAAAGUUUUGGCCAUCAAUGGACACGACCUGAGGCAUGGGACACCUGAAAGUGCAGCCCAGAUUAUACAGGCCAGUGAGAUGCGUGUGAACUUUGUGGUGAUGAGAUCUGCGGAGGCUCAAGAGGAAGGAGGAAGCAGCAGAACAUCCAGGAGGACGCCUGAGCCGCAGUACUUUAGGCGCCGGUCCACCUACAUGAAGGAUCCUCCAGGUGGAUUUUCUAGUCAGGAGAAGACUGUGAGUCUGAAAAAGGAGCCUCGGCUUUCCCUCGGCAUCACGAUCGCUGGAGGGAGGGAUUGUCGCAGCCGUCUACCGGUUUACAUCACAAGUGUGCAGCCUGUAGGCUGUUUGCACCGAGAUGGCACCAUCAAAAGAGGUGAUGUUCUGCUGAGCAUCAACGGUGUUGAUUUGACUCAGCUGACCUACAAUGAGGCCGUUUCUGUGCUGAAGGCUCAGACAGCUCAGUCCCAGGUGGUGCUUCGUGUCAUUCAGACUCUGUCUGAGGAGUCAGAGGAGGACACCGAGGCUAACGAUGACGAACUCGACAUUGCAGAAGACUCACGGGAUGACACCCUCAACUGGACCCCGCUGUGGACUCGCUGGCUGGGAUUACCAAGUCACAUGCACUGGUGCCGGGACAUCGUCCUGCAGAAGACCAACAACGAGAGCUGGGGCUUCAGCAUCGUUGGGGGUUAUGAGGAGAGCCACGGGCAGCAGCCGUUCUUCAUCAAAACCAUUGUGCCUGGAACACCGGCUCACUUUGAUGGACGCCUCAAGUGUGGUGAUGAGAUAGUGGCGGUGAACGGAGCUACAACUGUGGGAAUGAACAACUCCUCUCUCAUCCCAAUGCUCAAACUACAGAAGAAUAAAGUCACGCUGACUGUGGUGUCCUGGCCGGGAAGUCUAGUAUAGCAAACCUCACGUGCUCAUUCUGUGAUCUCCUUUCUUUCUUUACUGGGAAUCUCACUGUCCCUUCCACAUGUAACCCGUUGAAAUUUUUGAGGUCAUGUCAUACAGAAGAUGCGUGUUCUUCAAAACCAUCCCAUGUACAAUAGAUGAUUUUCCAUAGGUGGACUGUUUUUUGCGAUAUUGUCGUGUAACAAUGAUGACAAUCCAUGAAUUUUGUGCUAAAGACAAACUGGAAGGAUUCGGUUUUUUUGGAGUGUCUUUCUGAUCCCAUUUUAAAGUUGUAUGUAUAUUUUUAGCUUAUCUGCCUAAUGUUUUAUUUGGUAGUGAUUACAUCUUAGACUGUGUAUAAAAAUGUAGCUUUAGGGUCUGCAAAGUGAAACUACUGCAGAAGUGCCUUCUUUCUAAUGACCUGCAGGGGACGACUUCGUUGGUUGCAAAAAGACAUCCCGUUGUACAGAAGUCUAUGGGAAGAUGCCCCCUUUUCUAUAACCUCAAUAAACAUUUUCCUUAUGAGUUUAUGAUCUCAGUUGCUAGUUUUAUGCCUUAAUGAAUAUAGCAUAUAGUUCAUCUUGUAAAUUAUCUUCUUAUUUGGAGUGAAACAGGACGAUAAAGCAGGGAACGCUUUAGAGCAGACCGGCCUUGUGACUGACAAGUGACUGAAUGUGGAGUGUCCUGUGGAUUUUCAGUCGGAUCCUCGCCUCACUCGUCACAUCCAGUUAUAAAAACCCAAUAUGGUGACCGCUAUCCCCCUCAGCUCAAGUCUGCACAACGGGACUACGACACAACGACUGCAUCUAUCCUUUGUAUACAGCCUGUGGAUGGUAUUAGAUGUUAAUUGAUAAUGAACAUAUGUACAUAGUUGAAUUUCGUUAUUGUUAACAAUAUGCUGACACCAAAUAUUUCAGGAAAGUGAAGUCUUAAGUUGAUUUAAAUUGACAUUUUUAAUUUAAAAUUAGCAUCUACAUGGAGAAUAUCAGCAGUGAGAUUUUUUUCUUUUUCUUUUUUUUUUUUUUUGGACAAAACAAAUUUUAAAGGAUUUUAAAAUGUCAGAAAUAUUUGAAGUCUACAUCAUGACAGUAAAGAUCACGCUUCUUUACUCAACAACUAUGUGUAGAGCGUUUAGUCAGCAUUGUGUUGCUAGGGGUUGGAUCAGGUUUAUUUCCUGUAAGCUCUUAACAGGAAACUUAGACCUGUGUUGUGAAACUCUUAAGCUGAUUUAAAAGAAGCUAUUAUUAUUAUUAUAUAGAUUAUUUGACGACUGUUGAGUUUUAAUCAAAACUUUCUAAUCUGUAUUCACUGAAUAUGUGUAUGUAUAUCAUCUUUCCGUUUCUUUCCAAAUGAUAAAGUUGCUCAUAAUGAACGAGUUUAAUAAGCAGGUGCCUUGUAGAUAUCAAAGGACAAACCAGAAUCUAUACUUGCCUUAAAUGUUUUGCUCCACCAAAAAUGUGUUUUCCUCAUUAUUUGUUCUUCUCAAUAUUUACUGUUUGUGGGAAUUCAAAGCCUUGCUCUGAUAGAUCUGUGUCGACACAUUCCCGGUGGCCUUUGUUGCAUCUUUAUAGGUGAGAUACCUGUUGAAAAGCUAUGGAUGGCUGUAAAAUUUACAGCAGGUAAUGUGUGUAUUAGCCUGUCCACCGUUUCAUUAUGUUCAAUAAAAUCAUGAAACCA